AUGAGUGAUCAGGAAGAAAACAGACAGUUGCAGGAGGAGGAAAGCCUGGCUUUAGAAUCCAUUUACGGCUCGGAAGCGUUUCAUGCGGAUGCUAAUGCCGCUCAUGCGUUUGUAUUCACGUUGAAUCUAGAUCAAGACAUGCCCGAGAUCAAGUCGCCUCGAAAGAUCGUGCUUCACUUUUACUUACCGCCUACGUAUCCCAGCGACGAUAUGCCUGUAUACCAGAUAUCCUCGGUUUAUUGCGGUGGACGCAAAAUCGAUGAUAAAAUGGUAGCUGCCAUCGAUCAAGGGUUUAAAGACCUCUUUGUCCCGUCGCAGGUCGUGCUUUUUGAAUGGAUCAACUGGCUGCAAGACUAUCUCGAGAGCCAAGUUCCCCAGGGUACGGUACCAGAGGAUGUAUCCGAUUUGGAAUCGGCCACCGACCAACUCACGUUGAACGAUGCACCGGAAGCUGGUACGGAAUCGGUGCAACCACCACGCGAUGACCGAAAAUUCAGUUUUAUGGAAACGCCGGACAUCAUGACGGGCGAAGCACUGGUGGAUCGAAAAUCGGUCUUUGUGGCUCACGUCGCCAAAGUGCACAGUGCCUCCGAGGUGCAAGCUGUCAUGAGCAAAUUGUUAGAAAACAAGAAAAUCGCUAAAGCAACCCAUAAUAUCAUGGCCUAUCGAAUUGCAUUACCGGACGGUGGCAUAUUACAAGACAACGACGAUGACGGUGAAGCGGCUGCUGGCGGUCGACUUGCCCAUUUAUUACAGAUCCUGAAUGUUGAAAACGUGAUGGUGGUGGUGAGUCGGUGGUUUGGAGGGACUUUGUUGGGCGCAGAUCGGUUCAAGGAUAUCAAUAAUUGUGCACGAAAAGCACUUGAAGAAGGAGGGUUUAUCAAAGAUGACAAGGCGACAUCGUCCGACACCAAACAAAAACAUAGAAAGCAGCACAAGAAAUAA